GCAUACCAUUACUAGAAGUAGAACUAGAUGAAAGCGACUUCAAGAUGCAUUUUUGUACACACCUGAAGAAGAGCGCGAAAUAUAAAAUAUAGACAACAUAUGUAUGAGUCCUCUUGAAGUUGAAUUGAGGCACAGAAGUCCUCCUCUGCGUGUGUGCAUCUGAGGAUUCGAAAGGUGGCCUAGGUUGAGCGCUUACACGAUUCGCCUGAAAACGCGCAUUAGACCGAUUUUUUUAUCGUGCUUCAGCUUCAACCGGACAAUCCUACCCCAGCUCUCAAACGUAUACACGGGAAUCGUCACCGAGCAUACUGAUCCUCCAGAGCAGUCCUUUCUGCUAGUGUGCUGAAGAACAGCGUCCUCGCAGUUGCUGCCUGAAUCUAGCACAAAGACCACGAUGGCGCUGGUGCUGCACGACUACAACUGAUUAUUACGUCGACAACUGCAACUGACCAGGACUCACUACACGUACAGCGAAGACGCCACAUCAGGGAGAAUAAGAUGUUCAAUUUUUUUAUGAGUUCGGUGUCCACCACGUGGGACGCCUCAAGGUUACAGGAGAAGUAUCACAUCCAGAAGGUAAAGCUCGGCGAAGGGAGCUUCGGUACAGUAUGGCGUGCCAUGGAGCGAAAGACGAAUGUGGCAGUAGCCCUGAAGAGUGUCGAGAAGGACAAGAUGAGGAGGCGGGGUACUGAUAGUGAUUAUACUUCUGUGUACUUAUCAUUCUGUCGUGGUAAAAAUAUUCCUCCGGUCGUGUCUGCAUUUUUGAUUGUUCUAGGUAUCAAAUAAAAAUGAAAAAAUGAUACUAGUAGAUUGAAGAACAACAAGGUGAAGAAGAACGUUUAGUUACUUUUGGUUCCGCGCCCUCGCCCUCCAUCAACAACCAUAGAGAACUGCAGCUCGUCACCUCCGCAUUCCCAUCAUCCACCUCCAGGUGUCACUCCGGAGGACAUGGCGAGAGAAAUCAAGAUGCUCUAUGCGGCAAGAGGCUGUCAAUACAUCACGGAACUCCGCGACUCCUUCGAAGACGGGACUGCACAUUACUUGGCGUUGGAGUACUACUUCUUUUUAACGUUAUUUCGGGCUCUACUACUCGUAUUGAUGCAUAUUGUAGUUGAUUUUGUUGAAGAUGAGGAUGCGGUUAUUAAAAUUUAGUCCGACGUGAUUGAUUCAGAUUCUCCUUGAAAACCAAUAGCUUGCGUUAUGAGAGGAUUAACACAGGUACUGCGAAGGCGGUGACUUCGGGGACAAGCUACGCGAACGACGAGACAUACUCCAGGAAUAUGAAGCUUGUUUCUGGAUGCGACAAAUUUUGUUGGCAAUUGAGUUUUUGCACGAUAAAACCAUCGUCCAUCGAGAUAUCAAACCGGAUAAUUUCAUGUUGUCAAACCACACAAUUGGCGCGAAGCUGAAGCUGUCGGACUUCGGUCUGGCGAUACAGUACCUAAAUAAUUUGAUAUUCGUCUAAGAAGUAUCUCGAUCUUCAAGAACUUCAUGAAACAACUUCUAGGUCCUCGUCCACUCACAAACAAUCUAUCGUAUCUGUACCCACUCCCACAUCACAGACUUCCCGCCCGCGACCACUUGAUGAAGGACAAGUGUGGCACACCUGCGUUUAUGAGCCCUGAACUUAAGGCUACCGCUGGACCAUCCUCAACAUCAUCCUUGGCCCAUUUUUCAAGGAGAAAAAGGGACCAGGGAGGUUCUCGGGGAUGCGAGCGCGGUAGCUCUAAUGAACAGCACGAACUCCCAAGGUCGACCGGCUACAGUUUUCCCGUAGAUAUGUUUGCAGCUGGGGUUUGCUUUUGGUGCAUUCUACAUGGUGGUGAUCAUCCGUUCAUGAAUGGCAACUCUUUAGAUCUGCCAGCACUACUAGCCGGACAACCGCAGUUCAGAGGGAACAGCAGCUUUUGGGCGAGUAGUAAAUGUUAGGAGGAUCUCAGAUCGAGAUGUAGAGAUGUAGUAAUUCAAUCGUAAGUGUGUACUUCGUAGUCGUACUUGAUUACUUUUUGAUAUUAGAGAAACAUGAAGGUGAGACCUAUGGGGCUGACGGGACGACGAUAGCGCCGGCGCUUAAUUGGUUUUAGCAGUGAGUAGGAUGCUUCAGGAUACUUGUUGAUAGUUGCCCUUUUCUCUUUUCUAUCUUCCUCUGGUCUGUCUUUUACUUUUUUCUAGUUAGGUCGGCUCCACCACAAAUAUUAGAGAAACAUGAACAUGAUGUCCAGCUCCAGCGACGCUCAAAGCACUUAAAUAAACAGCCGGCUUGUUUUCCUCUAUCUACUUUUAGGCUAUAAUCCUUUCAUGCAACAUAUUUAUAUUAGACAAACAUGUAGAUAUGACCCAUUCCCGCGCCGUCAUUGACGCAGGCCUGCUCGGGAUUGACUACUUUUUUAGGAAUGUCGAGAUACUCAUCUGGACCUCCCUCUGGUGCUCGUGGUUGACAAGCGACUGUAUCAUCACCUCGUAGUCGUACAACUCGUAUCACCUCUAACUUCAGUCCGCACCAGCACAAGAGUUUUGCAACUUGCUCACAACUCGAGACAGCAGAGCCCGUUUGAACGUCAAGACGGCUUUGCAGAACAGCUGGCUUGCGACGUUCAAGAAGCAAAUCGCGGACAACAUCGAAAGCAAAACGCCGCCAGACGAAGGUGCUAGAGGUGUUCUAGAUGGCUUAAGGCCAUCGGCAGAUUCUUCGUCAGCUGAGUUGAACAGUAAUUCGUCGAGAAGUAGCACAGGAGGAGGUGGUAACGAUACAGGUGCCUUAGACCAAGGAGGAGGCUCAACAUCUUCAUCUACUGUUAAGGGUUGGAAGGUGACCUCUUCAUGCGCAUAUCUAUGACCUUUGCAAGUAAGGAAGUCAUAGAUGUGCGAGCUACAUGAUCGGUCAAAUUGCUACCUCUAACACUGGUCGGAACAACCAACCUUUCGGAGGUUCUGGUGCAAUUACAUCCUCAUCUCUAGCGAACAACAACAACAAUGCCUCUGGAAACUCUGCUUCGAGUCCAGCUUUGACCAACGCUGAAAUGAGAGCCAUAAAAGAACAAAACCGCCAGAUGGAGGAGAAGAUACGACAACUAGAAGCUCAAGUCAGUUCUGCGCAAAAACAGAAGAAUGAAGAGGACGACUUUGCUGGUUUUGCGUCUGGUAGUGCGAGGAAAAGCCGAGAAGGCCUGGUUGUUGGGGCGUCUUUAGAUUCAGCGCCAGGCAGUGUGCCGGAUGAGCACGAAGGAGGUGCUGCUGGAAACAAAAGCGCUGAAGUUACGCUAAAGGUUCGUUGUCUACAAGUACUUACACAACUACCCGUGACUUAGUCAUAGUACAGAAAAACAUGUUAGUGGUCACGAGCGGAUGCUAGCUUCUCACACUCACUCUUAGACUUCUCCCAUCUAAUUACUACUUCUAAUGAAUCAGCUCCAGCCGCAAGCAACGCUGCUACUGGCAGGGACUCAGCUUUCGGAAAUCUUGGAGUAGGGAUAGGGAAUCUCUUCAACCAGAUAUUUCAGCAGCCAUUGCCUCUUCCAGGUGGAAAGGACGAUCAGAAUCUGGAAUCUCGAGAAACUUCGACGUAUCUACUUGCCAUUUUUUGGGCGUAGUUGUUUUCCUCGUGCUAAGAAAUUGAAAAUUAAUAUGAAAAGGCAUAGUGAUAGUAAGUAGUCGAUAAGAAUAGUAAACCUGAAGAUUCUACUUAUUCAAAAAAUUCAAAUCAGCGGUACAACGGGCCAAACCCUGAGCGGUCGAGAAACCUACACCAGUAGCGGCAUGCUCACUGAGGGUCAGAAAGUCUGUUACAAUUCCGCCUCACACGAUGCUUGGUUUAUGGGCACCGUCACAGGCUAUAACGCUGACGACGGCUCUUACAAUCUAGACCUAAAACAACGGGCUCCGGCUGAGCGUGUGAGCCCUCCUUUCGACAGAAAUGCUGACAUCGCCUGGGCACCUGGAACGUUGGUGAUGUACAGAAGCGAGAGUGCUGGUGGAGGCUGGGUGAAGGCCGUGGUCCAAAGUUACAACAGCGACGACGGCUCCUACGACCUCGAUGUCCGCCAACGUGCGACAGUAGAUAAAAUCCGCAUAAGGAACGUUGUGCAAAUGGGUGCUGGUGGAGGCGUAACAAAUGUAAUGCCUCAACAAGCUCAAGCUCUUCAACAGCAAGCUCAUCCAGUAGGUGUACCUGCGGAUCAGCAACAGGUGAAGCGACUAGUCAACCCUUUCGAGCCUAUCGAGCAAGCAGGCGGAUCGAGUGCAUCUUCGUCGAGGAGGCAAAGUCACACGUAUUCGCAUCUUAGUGUGACGGGAAAUGGAAUAGGAGAGGUAUGGGGAUAUCGACGUUGAACUCUUGGUGUUGCUUUCGUGCUUGGAUCUACUCUGUUAGCAAGAAUACCACUUUUAAUCGAGUGUAGUUAUUCUUGCAGUAGAAGUGUUUGUCAAAUUAUAGUACAAGACGUCGUUGUACUACAACAACAUGUUACAACAUGCAGCACAUCCUCCUUUAAAGUGGAACCAAAAAGCCCUAACAAAGCCACCAACCUCCGCCGCCUCACGUCCGACGAACGUGAUUUCGCCUCAGCAAGCCAGACUGCAGUUCGGAACCCCCAACGGCUUUGCUUCUCAAGAACCGCAGCAUCCUUCUUCCUGGUUCGUGCCAGAAGACGGCUUGAAUCGAGGUACGAACGCCAUUCCAGUGACGCAACCAAAUGGAGUAAGUGGACCGCAUCCAAUAGGUGGAUCAGGACUGCUGGGAGGAGUUAAUGCAGAAGUUUCUGGAGCUGACGUGUUUUCUCACCCUCACGGGACUGGUGCUGGUAUAGGAACUGCUCCAGCUGCUGGUCAGCAGAAUAUGCGAGCGAGUGUUGCCCUAGUUCCCAAUUUAGCUGGUCCCGGUGGAGGCGGCUGCGCUUUGAUACCACAGCAAACACUUCCUGUGCCACAGCAAACACAGUUCAACAUGAUGAAUACAACAAACAAGAGCGGUACAAACAACAGUGAAGAAGAUUCUACCACGACAGGAGCCUCGGCAAGAACUCAAAGUCAAAAUACACAAGGACCAGCACCAGAACAACCUGCUUAUCCAGUGCUAGACCUAACUGCGCAGAAGUUUUUUGCACUCAGUGGAGUGUUAAAGCCUGGGGCACAGUGUUCAUUUAGGGAUAGCGACUAUGAGCCUUGGGAGUCAGCGACCGUGGAGACACUCUUGCCAGGCGAAGCAUUUUUGCUGAACCAUAAAAAAAGUUAUGUGAGACGCGUUGUAAUUUCAAUGUGACUUCCUCUGUCUAUCCGUAGAAGUACUUCUGUCUACUUCUCAUUAACCAAUCGUUACAAAGCUUUAGACUGUCGGCCAUAGACUACCUUCAUGAACAAUUCGUUGUCGUUCCCCGGCGUCCGCUUCUUCUAACACUCCGGCUCUUCCGAAGUAACACGAAUACGAGUACCUGCAAUGAACGUGUCUCCUGUGAAUUCAAGGUGGCCUGCUGGAACUUGGGUUUAUUAUCACAGUAGCAGUCUCCAAAAUUGGAUACCUACGAUUCUUCAGGGUUACGCGGAUGACGGUAGUCUGAAUCUGAGUAACACUAAGGCCAGUACCUAAAGAGCAUUCUCUUUCUUGGCAUCCCGCUGUGAUGUGGCUCUUUUCCAAAGGGGAAAAAAGAGUCGCCAACGAAGAUCAGGAUGGUAUUACUAGGGAUGCGAACGUGAUGCCUCUAUCUCUAACAAUAAGCCUCGUGCGGAUGCAGACCGGGUCCGAGCACGGUUAAAGCCGGAAGAAGUUGAGCGAGCAGCGAUCGAGCAAAGCGAAAAUCAGCAUCAACAAAUGACGUGUCAGAAUUGCGGUCGGGUGUACUGGUCAUUGUCGGGGAAGACAAAGCAAUGUCCGCCGUGUAGGGGGAUAGGAGUGGAGCAACAGGGAUAGUACGAGCAGUGAGACGUCGGCGCGACCAGCCACUGCGCAUGGAGGCCACUUUGUCAUCGUUGAUCAUGGCCGCUGCACCGCUCUGUCACAUUCAUGGUCAUAGAGGAAGAAGAGCCACACCCACAGGAUUAAUAUUGUAGAUAUUAAUAUUUUAUUUAGGUUCUACUCGUUAGAAGUACGCGACGUGGUGUCAUAGCAGAUACAGUCAAGAAAAUCAUUCGCCAGAUCCUGAUCCAACACCUACACCAACUACAGUUGUCAUUAUACUUUUACUCGUUGUCACUUUUAGCGCAAAGCAAGCGCAUAUCCAUACGCCGAAAAAAUCUAAGUGCGUCUCUUUCUCUAGAAAUUUCUAAUCAACAUUGUUACCAGAAACCAGCAGAAAACUGUCAAGAUGAAAAUUCAUUCGCAGCAAUGCUGCAUCCAAACGUCUUGGUGAGGCACACCUUGUCUCCGUAUGGAAGUCAUUUUCUCAUAGCACCUGUGUGCAAGAUUAACAGUCUGGACAACUGAAAUGUCAAGAAUGUGAAGCUAUGUCAUGAUGAUAACCGGACUGUACUCAGCAGUAGAAAAACUCUAUGUUGAAGAUGAUGAUCGCAUUUCGUAGAAGCGCAGAAAAAAAGAAAAUCUUCCAGAAGUAAGACAAUAACAUCAUUCUGCAGAAUCGGCAAAGAAUCGGAUACAAACAAAAAGGAUUU